GACGCAGGCGUUGUUUUGGAGAAGGAAGUGAAAGGGGAAGAGAGAAGCAGACAGUUAGCUCGCUGGUAGGCAAGCCUUUACGCAAAGUGCCACAUUUACACACCAGUUGUAGAUAACCUGCGUCGACAGUUUACUAAAGUUUGUGUUCACGUUAACGGCAACACAUUGUUCUAAGAGUUUGAAACGAGGUAUUGCCAAAUCAGCCCUAGCUAACGAGUGCAGUGCCAGCGAGCGAGUGAGCUAGCUAACGUAACGCCUCGUUAGCCGCUACGCUAACUGAACAACAACAGCCCGUUAGCCCGUCCAGAAGUCUCCUCCUCGGUGAGUUACGAGUACAAACUGUGGGAACAUGACGUCCAGGAAGAAAGUGCUCCUGAAAGUCAUCAUCCUGGGAGAUUCUGGUGUUGGAAAGACCUCCCUAAUGAACCAGUAUGUGAACAAGAAGUUUAGUAACCAGUACAAAGCUACAAUAGGAGCAGACUUCCUGACCAAGGAGGUGAUGGUGGACGACCGGCUCGUCACAAUGCAGAUCUGGGACACAGCUGGCCAGGAGAGGUUCCAGUCUCUCGGCGUUGCUUUCUAUCGCGGAGCGGACUGCUGUGUGCUGGUAUUUGAUGUGACUGCACCCAACACCUUCAAGACCCUCGACAGCUGGAGGGAUGAGUUCCUGAUCCAGGCCAGCCCGCGAGACCCCGAGAACUUCCCCUUUGUGGUUCUAGGCAACAAGAUUGACCUGGAGAACAGACAGGUAACCACCAAAAGGGCUCAGGCUUGGUGUCAGAGUAAGAACAACAUCCCCUACUUUGAGACCAGCGCCAAAGAAGCCAUAAAUGUAGAACAGGCAUUCCAGACAAUUGCACGUAACGCCCUCAAACAAGAGACAGAGGUGGAGUUGUAUAAUGAAUUCCCAGAGCCCAUCAAACUGGACAGGAAUGACAGAGCUAAAGCUUCAGCAGAAAGCUGCAGCUGCUAAGGGACAGCUUGGACCAUCUCCUCUCUUGGCUUUCUGAAACCCCCCCUUCACCGUUCACAUCACCCCCCCCACCCCCACCCCAAGGGAAAGGACUUCCCUACUGGUCUUCCUCCGUCACGCAACUGUUCAUUCCAUCAACACCACCCCUCACGCAGUACGCUGCACAUGGAUGUACCCCCCACCCUCCCUUAGCACACAAAUCACACUAGCGCCAAUAGCUGACAAAUCCAGUGCCCUUAGAUCACACAAGAGAAUAACAACCUCAGUGAUGUCCUGUCCCACCCACUUAAUUCUAACUGGCCCCCGACUCUCACACGGAGAUGGAGCCACGUUCAAAGAGUGCAAUUGGGAACUCUAGCUGGACUGGCCGAAGCUCCGUCAUGUGAGACGAUGUUGGCUAACGUCAGCAUCCCAAGUAUCCUAUUCUCUUCCUGUUUCUUCUUUGCUUUCUAUUGCCUGUCUCUCAAAAACUAAUCAAGUUGAACUACAUAUUAUAUAUUGUAAUUGGCUGAUGUUACUUCUCAAGCCAAUCCGAAACACAAACUUGGUUUUUUUUGCACUUUCUUUUUACGUUUUUGCCUUUAAAUAUUAUAGAGGGAUGACUGAUUUUGGGCAACGUCUGUCACCACACGCCUUUUGGUGAGCUUCAAAUUAUACCUCUUCACUCGUUAUCACUGUCCAAUAUAGCCCCUGAGAAUCUGUCGAACACUUAGUGAUUGUACUGCCUUUCCCCUUCGUGCUUGUGUGUCAUUGGGUUCAUAACUGCGUCACACAGCAGAAGAAAUGUUCUAGACAUAAAGUAAAAGCUGAAAAUGCAGUCACAUUGUAAAACAUGGAGUAAUUCCUCAAUAUAUUAUUUGCCUUUUAUGUAACAUUACUUGUACUGCUACUAUUACUGCUGUAUGUGUCAUGUCCUUCAUCAGACAUCUCUCAACGCUUUGGAAUUACAAUCGUGUCACCAACACAGCAUACACCCUUCUUCUGUCUUGUCUUUGUUAUUGCUGUUCUCUCUAUUUGCUUGUAGCUCAGGUUGGCUUAGUACUUAAUAUUUUUAACGGAUUGUGCAUUACAGUCAUACAGUGUAUAGAUGGUAAAGGUAAAUGCCUGAUGGAUUGAACUGAAAUGGAUGUUCUCUCUUCCAUUUUAAGAAAAUAUCCAACAUUUUGCCCUGGUAUUAUUCCUUCUCCUUAUAGAAAAGAAAUCUCUGCGAUGCCAAUGAUGUUGUCAAAGAAAAUUGGGACGUCAAAUAAUAAAACUCUUGAAUAUAUCAA